GGGGAGGGAUUGUGGGAAGGCACUUGUCUCUCAUAUUCCUAGUGGCCCCACACACACUCUCAGCUGGACCACAAACAUCUAACAAACAUAAUCUUCUUAUCCAUAUCUUCCUUCAUCUUUUUUUUCUCCAGAGUUUAGUUCUAGUUUUACACCAAUGGCGAGUUUUAACUUGCAGCAUUUAUACAUGGACAAUUAAUUUUUUUUUCCUUUUUGCUCCUCUCAUUUUUACCCCUCUCAGAAGCAAUUCCUUUUGAACUCGGCUGAAGCAAAGCCCCAUGCUCAGAGGCAGAGCUCCGGCCGCACUCAUGUCCUCCGUCAUCGCUCCCUCCAAUCCCUCUGGCUCCACAGGACCCAAAGAGGUGGAGUUGAUCCUGGUGAAAGAGCAGAACGGCGUUCAGUUCACCACUGCCGCCCUCGUUGCACCGACCGGCCAGACUCAUCCAUCUGGAGAGGAGCGAGAAACCUGGGCCAAGAAAAUCGACUUCCUGCUGUCGGUCAUCGGCUUCGCAGUGGACCUCGCUAACGUCUGGAGGUUCCCAUACCUGUGCUACAAGAAUGGAGGAGGCGCCUUUCUCGUCCCCUACUUGUUCUUCAUGGUGAUUGCCGGAAUGCCACUCUUCUAUAUGGAAUUAGCAUUGGGACAGUACAACCGUGAAGGAGCUGCAGGAGUAUGGAAGAUUUGUCCGAUAUUUAAAGGUGUUGGCUUCACGGUGAUCCUCAUCUCGCUGUAUGUGGGUUUCUACUAUAAUGUCAUCAUUGCCUGGGCGCUGUUCUACCUGUUCUCGUCGUUCUCCGCCGAGCUGCCAUGGGUCAACUGCAACAACACGUGGAACAGUGCAAACUGCUCCGACCUGAACGCCACCUUCCUGAAUGACUCGCACAAAGCCACGCCCGCUUUGGAGUACUUCGAGCGUGGUGUACUGCACCUACAGGACAGUACGGGGAUCGAUAAUCUCGGCCUGCCUCGCUGGCAGCUCACUUCCUGUCUCGCUGUCGUCAUCGUCGUCCUUUACUUCAGUCUGUGGAAGGGAGUCAAGACCUCAGGCAAAGUGGUGUGGAUCACUGCCACGAUGCCUUACGUAGUUCUGACGGUUCUCCUGCUGCGGGGUGUGACUCUGCCUGGAGCCAUCGAUGGCAUUAAAGCCUACCUGAGUGUGGACUUCCUGCGCCUGUGUGAUGCUCAGGUCUGGAUUGAGGCGGCAACGCAAAUCUGCUUCUCUUUAGGAGUCGGCUUCGGUGUUUUAAUCGCCUUUUCCAGCUACAACAAAUUCACCAACAAUUGCUACAGAGAUGCCAUCAUCACCAGCUCCAUCAACUCGCUGACCAGCUUCUUCUCCGGCUUUGUCAUCUUCUCCUUCCUGGGCUACAUGUCGCAGAAACACAAUGUGGCCCUUGAUAAAGUCGCCACUGAUGGUCCUGGUUUGGUGUUUAUAAUUUACCCAGAAGCCAUUGCGACGUUGCCAGGCUCCUCCGUCUGGGCCGUGAUCUUCUUCAUCAUGCUGCUCACGCUGGGCAUCGACAGCGCUAUGGGCGGGAUGGAGUCAGUGAUCACGGGCCUGAUCGACGAAUUCAAGUUCCUGCACAAACACAGAGAACUGUUCACACUCUUCAUCGUGGUGUCCACCUUCCUCAUCUCGCUCUUCUGCGUCACCAAUGGAGGAAUCUACGUGUUCACAUUGUUGGACCAUUUUGCGGCAGGGACAUCGAUCCUCUUCGGUGUGCUGAUUGAAGCCAUCGGCAUCGCCUGGUUUUAUGGUGUGGAUCGUUUCAGCGAUGAUAUCCAGGAGAUGAUUGGGCAGCGACCAGGAUUUUACUGGCGACUCUGCUGGAAAUUCGUUAGUCCCUGUUUCCUGCUGUUCAUGGUGGUGGUGAGCUUCGCGACCUUUAACCCCCCGAAAUACGGCUCGUAUUCAUUCCCCACGUGGGCCAACAUGCUCGGCUGGUGUCUGUCCAUCUCCUCCAUGAUCUUGGUUCCCAUCUAUGCCAUCUACAAGUUCUGCGUUCUGCCCGGAAGCUUCUGCACCAAACUGGCGUAUGCCAUCACGCCGGAGACGGAGCAUCACCUGGUGGAGCGCGGUGAAGUGCGACAGUUCACGCUUCAUCACUGGCUGGUGGUGUGAACGUGGCAAAAAGAAUUAAAAAAAAAAGUAAAUUCCUCCAGCUCUGUAGGGGGCGCUGUGUGCCAAACAAGCCGUAUGUCUCGUCCUUCUCUUUCUUGCAUUUAAAAAAAAUUUAAAAGUGUGGCAGUGAUGUGGUUUUGAUUACAACAUGGUCGACAUUCUGUCAGAAAAAAAAUCUGGGCUGUAUCCCAAACGCUAGUAGCUACCAGGAAACAAUCAGCGAGAAACCUUGUUAAUUAGUGGUUAGGAAUGAUUAAUAAAUUAGUGCUCGACAUAACUUACAGAUCACUUUUUUUUUAAGGAUUUUAUUUUGCGGCCAUUUCCCAGUGCUAAAGCAACACGGAGAACACAGAGUUUCUCAGAAACUCAAACUAGCACCAUGCUGAAAUAAAAAAAAAAAAAAACACUGCAAUUACGGUUAUUACAAUAUCGCUAGAGUGGACUCUGUUUUAGUGAUAUUUUUUUCAAAAUGGCGAACAUUAAAGAAGCAAGCAGGCGUGAAUUCUAGCGUUUGGGACAUGGCCAAAUUCUCGCUAUACGAUGACUGUUACGACGACUGUUUACUGUUUCUAUAUUUUUUUGUGAUUAGAGUAUAAACUGAGCCUUAUUGAUCAAUGUGAUUGAAGUGUCAAAAACUGUAUACUGACUAAGAACCUAGAAACAAAUAAUGUUUAAUAUCUAGUGAUAUAGUAAAGUCUAUACAUAUUAUUUGUGUUUGAAAUGAGAAUAAUGAUGGACGUGCUGAUCAGGUUUUUCGAGUUAAUUAAGCCAUAUUUGUGCAUCAGCUUUACUCCAUUGUUUAUAUUUUCACAAAUAUUUAGCGUGAUUUGUAUUAGACAUGAGCCAAUAAUUCAUUAUAUGAUAUAUAUAUGACAUUCAGUGAAAAAAUCUAUACAAAUUUGAAUUUACGAUUUAUGAAUUUCUUAUUAUUUUUUGUGAGAAUAUUGCAGAAUAUUUUACUUUCAAAUAAAACUACAGUCAAACAAACCACUUGGUGAAAAUGUACAAAUUUAAGAUGAGUAGCUUAAGUGCAAAACAUGGUGGAACAGUGGAAAGUAAAUUUCAAUUUUUUUCAGCUGAAUUGUUCUUUUAACAAGAAUUGUUCUCUUAACAAAAAGCUGAUAACAAAGAAUAAAUCAGAUGUGCACAUGUUUAUUUAUCACAAUAGCAUUGUUUCUUAUCACGUAUCGAAGUGAAAUUUAUCACCUGCUGUAAAAAUAUCAAUAAAGAGCCUGUGGAUGAAA